AUUUGUCUGUCCGCCGGGCCGGCCGGGCGUAGAAUGCCCCAACUAUGAACAAACUGCCUGCUCGCUACAUUAAAUCUUGGUGGAUGACACUAAACUAAGCUAGGUCGGUGAAGUGUGUUGAAGUAACCGAAGUUGUCAUGUUCAUCUACCUUGGCAUAGCGACUCCCAAGCAAGAAGUUCUGAUUCAUCGGCAGUAUAGACACGACAUCAACUUCAGAAGCUUCCAGCAGUGUGUCGACCUCGUUGUGAAAGACCAGCAGAAUGGCAGUUCACCAGUCACAACACUGGAAGAUGGCUGCAUCUUCCACAUCACCUGCGACAAGCUCCACUAUCUCCUCUGCUCAACAAAGGCUGUUGGAGACGGAUCCACCGUCUCAGCUGUUGUUGCUGUCGCAUUCUUGGAGGAAUUUCACCGUGUGAUCAAAGACUUUUGUGGUUCCGCCUCGGAAGAUGGUGUGCGGAGGAAUCUGCUCCUUUUGGAGGAAGUCAUGGCAGAGGUCAUUAACCACGGCCACAUCUACACGACUGAACUGAGCAGUCUCAGGCCAUGUGUCUACAGCGAAGCGGCUGAGAUUGCACACCCUAGAAAUGCGUCCAUGCUCUCAAGCCUGGCAUCACAAGUUCAGGAGCAAAAGGGGCUCAUGCCAAAUGCAGCGUCGGUGAGACCCGUCUUCGCACCCAGAUCUGACAGACAGCAGCACAGGCAGAGAGGUGACAUCUUUGUCGACGUCAUCGAGAAACUUUUUGCAACCAUUUCAAAGGAGGGAAAACUGCUCAACUUCCAGCUGGAUGGCACGGUCAACCUGAGGAGCUGCCUGGAGUCUCAAGUCGACGUCACUCUCGGCCUCAAUGAAAACCUGGUCCUGGCCGACUCUGCCCUCCAGGCUGCAUCCUACAGCACAGACGUCGUGCUGUCCAGUUACAUCAUUCACGACUCCGUGAACAUGGACAGCUUCAGUGAACACCGCACGCUCGUCGUCCGCUCGCCGCAAGGAGAGGUCCCUGUCCUGCGGUACCAGACGACAGACCUGCCUCACAAUGGGCUCCCCUUUACCAUCACUACAGCCGUCGAAGAGGUGUCUAAUUCAAGGGACCUGGAGCUGACUGUCAGGCUGAGGUGCGAGGGCAACCCCGCCUCGGAAGCCGUCGACACCACAGUGCAGAUUCCCGUACCAUCUAAUACUACGGGCUUGAUGAAGCGCUUCAACGAGCUUGAGCAGACGGUCGAGUUCCAGCGGGAAUCUAGGAAGCUUGUCUGGAGGAUCAAGAGGCUUCAGGCCAAAUCUGAGGCCCUGGCAAAAUUCAGACUCACAAAUGCGAACGAAGGAGGCUCGAGCAAGCUACAGCUGGGACCCAUGGCCCUGAAGUUUGAGCUGUCCAACCAGUCCAGCUCCGGCCUCAAGAUACGCUUCCUGCGGCUGAGUCGUGCCACCGACGCCCAGCGCUGGAUCCGCUACGUCACCACUUCGGACUCUUGGGUUCAGCGGCUUACGUGACGACCAAAUGUAUAAAAGGAAUGGGCUAUUUCGA